GCGCAGCCUCUGAGGCUUUGUUCCUUAAAGCGUUUUAAUGGAGAGCGGUGCGGGGGUGCGGCUGAGGGAGGGUGUGAGGGAACCUUCGCGGCCCCCUUCCCUGGUCUGGGAGUGCUCUGAGCUCCUUGAUUCUCUCCUUGGUACCCCCGAGCGCCUUAUGUAGGAUGGGAGCCUUGCCAGAGCGCGGGCGACGUGACGUCGAAGGGCUUCCUGUGGCUUCUGCAAAGACCAGCUCACGUGGGAGCCUGUCCACAUGGGCCCUUUUGUUAAAGGAACUGGACCCGCAGCCCUCUGUUGGAAGGGUAGUUCAGCCAAGUACCUGAUUUAAGAAGAAUAGAAAUGAAGGUACAUAUGCACACAAAAUUUUGCCUCAUUUGUUUGCUGACAUUUAUUUUCCAUCAUUGCAACCAUUGCCAUGAAGACCAUGACCAUGGCCCUGAAGAGCAUCACAGACACCAUUGUGGAAUGACAGAAUCGGAGUCAAGCAAAUUUUCAGUGCUGGAUGCUGAAAAUCAAAAAAAAUGCUAUAUUGAAAAACUUUUUUACCGUUAUGGUGAAAAUGGAAGAUUAUCCUUUUUUGGUCUGGAGAGACUUUUAACAAACUUGGGCCUUGGAGAGAUAAAAGUAGUUGAGAUUAAUCAUGAGGAUCUUGGCCACGAUCAUGUUUCUCACCUAGAUAUUUUGGCAGUUCAAGAGGGAAAACAUUUUCACUCACAUAACCACCAGCAUUCCCAUAAUCAUUUAAAUUCAGAAAAUCAAACUGUGCCUAGUGUAUCAACAAAAAGAAAUCGUAAAUGUGAUCCUGAGAAAGAGACAAUUGAAGUAUCUGUGAAAUCCGAUGGUAAACACAUACAUGACCAUAAUCGUCGCUUACAUCAUCACCAUCGUUCACACCGUCGCCUUGAUCAUAACACUACUCGCCAUUUUCAUAAUGAUUCCAUUACUCACAGUGAGCGUGGGGAGCCUAGCCAUGAACCAUCAACAGAGACCAAUACAACACAGGAACAACGUGAAGUUAAGCCACAAAAACAAAAGAAGAGAAGAAAAGGGAAGAAAAAUGACAAUCCCGAGGUUAUCACACCAGGUUUUCCCUCUAACCAUGACCAGGGCGAACAGUAUGAGCAUAAUCGGGUCCACAAACCUGAUCGUGUACAUAACCCAGUUCAUUCUAAUGCACAUCUUUCAGAACAUAAUGGUCAUGAUCCUGGUCAUGGACACCAAGGUCUUGAUCCUGAUAAUGAAGGUGAACUUCGACAUGCUAGGAAGCGAGAGGCACCGCAUGUUAAAAAAAGUGCAAUUUAUUCAGCUGCUAGUCACAAAGAUCAUAAUGAAGAUGACCAUCAACAUGAUGAGUGUUUGAAUGUCACUCAAUUGUUAAGAUACUAUGGUCAUGAUACCAACUCUCCUAUCUCACCGGAUCUAUUUACAUGCCUUUGCCCUGCAUUGUUAUAUCAAAUUGACAGCAGACUUUGUAUUGAGCAUUUUGACAGACUUUUAGUUGAAGAUUUAAACAAGGAUAAAAAUCUGGUUCCUGAAAAGUCAAAUAUAGGUGCAUCAGCAUGGAUCUGUGGUAUCAUUUCUAUCACCGUCAUUAGCCUGCUUUCCUUGCUAGGCGUGAUCUUGGUUCCUAUCAUUAACCAAGGAUGCUUCAAAUUCCUUCUCACAUUCCUUGUUGCACUAGCUGUAGGAACAAUGAGUGGAGAUGCCCUUCUUCAUCUGCUGCCCCAUUCUCAGGGUGGACAUGAUCACAGUCAUCAGCAUGCACAUGGGCACGGACAUUCUCAUGGGCAUGAAUCUAAGAAGUUUUUGGAAGAGUAUGAUGCUGUAUUGAAAGGACUUGUCGCUCUGGGAGGCAUUUACUUGCUAUUUAUCAUUGAACACUGCAUUAGAAUGUUUAAGCACUAUAAGCAACAAAGAGGAAAGCAGAAAUGGUUUAUGAAGCAGAGCACACAAGAAUCAACUAUUGGAAUGAAGCUUUCGGACCAUAAGUUAAAUAAUACACCAGAUGCUGACUGGCUUCAGCUCAAGCCUCUUGCUGGAACUGAUGACUCCGUUGUUUCCGAAGAUCGACUUAAUGAAACUGAGCUGACAGAUUUAGAAGGCCAACAAGAAUCCCCUCCUAAAAAUUACCUUUGUGUAGAAGAGGAGAAGAUCAUGGACCAUUCUCACAGUGAUGGGUUACACACCAUUCAUGAGCAUGAUCUCCAUGCUACUGCACAUAACCACCACGAGGAGAGUAAAACUGUGCUGAGGAAACACAAUCAUCAGUGGCACCACAAACAUUCUCAUCAUUCACACGGUCCUUGCCAUUCUGGAUCAGAUCUGAAAGAAACGGGAAUAGCUAAUAUAGCUUGGAUGGUAAUCAUGGGGGAUGGUAUCCACAACUUCAGUGAUGGGUUAGCAAUUGGAGCAGCUUUCAGUGCUGGAUUGACUGGAGGCAUCAGUACUUCCAUAGCUGUCUUCUGUCAUGAACUGCCACAUGAAUUAGGUGAUUUUGCAGUUCUUCUUAAAGCAGGCAUGACUGUAAAACAAGCAAUUGUUUAUAACCUCCUCUCUGCCAUGAUGGCUUACAUAGGCAUGCUGAUAGGCACAGCUGUUGGGCAGUAUGCCAAUAACAUCACACUUUGGAUCUUUGCAAUCACGGCCGGCAUGUUCCUCUAUGUAGCCUUGGUGGAUAUGCUUCCAGAAAUGUUGCAUGGUGAUGGUGACAAUGAAGAACAUGGCUUUUGUCCGGUGGGGCAGUUCAUUCUUCAGAAUUUGGGAUUGCUGCUUGGAUUUGCCAUCAUGCUGGUGAUUGCCCUCUAUGAAGACAAAAUUGUCCUUGACAUUCAGUUUUGACCAUUCCCAGUAAUCACUGUUGGUUACGAGAAUGUUGCCAUGCAGCUUUGCAUCUGUUCCCUGUACUGUAUGCACAUUGCUCAAAGAAAAGUCAGUGGCUUGCACUACUUACAACUUCCAUAGAUUUGAGCCUAACCACAAAAGACUGGUGCUCAGUACGGUUUUCCCUGAGUGAAGGGAGUCUUUUAAAAACAUAAAGCCUGUGAUAAAAAAAGGAGAAAAUGGGACUCUUUGAACCAAUGUUGAUGUAGGUUUGAUUAAGACUGUUUUUUAAAUAAUCAUAUAAAACACUAGUCUCUUUAUUAGUAGAAACUUCUGUGGCUAUGCAGAAAUAGAAAUUGAACCAAAAAAAUCAUUUAAACUUUAAAAAUAUUUUAAAUGGACUUUGGGCAGACUUGUUUGUGCUUAAGAAUGAAUUGUAGUGCCCUUUAAUUCAGCUACAUAUAUAUGUACCGUAAUAGGGACCAACUUGACAGAAGUUGGAAACUGCAUAAAAUAGACUGUAGCAAUUAGAGGAAAGCUCAGGCUGCGUUAGAGUAUGGAUUUAGCAUUGGGGAAAGCCCUUAUUCUUGAAUCUAGAGUUACUAUUUUUGUAUAUAUUUGCAUAGUGUUUAAACUUGCAGCCUAAACUACUGAAAAUUGUGAUUGUAUGUUUUCGUGAGCUUCAGUUGAAUGAAAGAUUCAUAAUGGUCCUUUGUAUUAAUAUACUUGGUGUUUGGGUUUUUUUUUUUUUUUAACUUUAAUUUUGUUUUAGUUUGGGUCUUUUGGUGGGGUGGUGAGGCAUGUGGUAAAAUGUUUUUUCCUUAAAAUUGUAACCCCCUAAAAUAUAAACAAAAAAUGAUGAACCCAAACAAGGUCGAAGUAUUCAGUUUCCCUGCCUUAACAGUACUAACUAGUUACCUGACUGGGGGAUUGCAGUUCUGAACGUAUGCAUUGCUUUCCCAGUUUGGCUUUGGAACCAAAAGCGCACGCUGUGGCUGGCACUAAGUUUGUGAAGCAGAAGAUCCAACUUCUCCAUGUCCAUAAUCUGUAUAUGAAGUGGCAAUUAAAACGAUUACUAGGAUAACCUCCACGGAUACCAUGACUAUCAUGGUACCAGGUGACUUGGACUAUGUCUUUAAAUAACAAAGCUGAAAUCACUUGAUCAUUUUGUGCCAAGAUAUGCUGUCGGUGCCUGAUAGGGAUUAGUGUCUCUCUUAGGUGCCCUGUGUUCCUGCCAUAAUUGUGAAUGAUUUGUGAGAAGUGCAAGCCAUGUUAAUCCUGAAUUUUGACCGAAUAAUUUGUAGUGCUAGUCAAAUGCAUGUAGCUUUCCGUUUACACAUUGUGCCAUACGGUCUUCAUUUAUGCCAGGUAAACUGUACUUGAACUGUGCAGCUAGCUUUGUUUUAAUCUGCUUUGGCAACCAAUGUAGCUGCUUUAAAAAAUCUUACUGUUCAAAUAUUUAAGAGCCAAACUUCUUCCAUUCCAUUUAAAAUGUUUUCAUUUAGUCGUCCUCCUUUCCCCAGUUCUGUUCCUCUUAACUCCAUCAACUUUAAAACAAAAAUCGGAACUUUGAGAGCAGCACAUGCAUCCAGGUAUUAAUAGAUGAUUGCCAGUGUUCUUUAGGCUGUAAACAAGGGCAUUCAGGUGGUGGUACUUUUAAUUUAUGCUUAGUAUUUGAAAGUAGUCUUUCUAGCUCUCUCCAUGGCCUCCUUGUAACAAGUAGGGGUGUCAUACCUACAUUAUUUUCAGCACUGGGCACUGAAUUAGGACAGUCCUCAUCUCAUUGCUUGGCACUUCAAGCAACCUACCAAAAGGUGCUGGUAUUUUAUUUAGUACUGCCAACGUCGAGUGAUUCAAACGUCUUGCUUUCUGAACCAGAUACAUCUGUAGCUCAUUUUGGAGUUUUUACACCCGAGGAGGACUCUGCAUUCCAGCAUUCAAUCUGCUUCAUUAAAAACUUUCACGUAAAGCUACAGCUGGAAUACACUCCCAGUCUAAAUGCCUGAUUUAAAGCAGAUGGGUUUGCUGAAGUAUAUCAAGUUUUAUAUUCUCUCAGAAAUGGUAUUAUCUUUAUUUGCUAGGAUUUUUUAAACCUUUCAAGAGGGCUGUAACAGUUGCUGCUAGUAUUUUGUUAGGGUUCCACCAGUAUUUAGUUUCCACAUCAUUCUAUUGUAUAUUUUCAAGUCUUAUAGACAAUCUGAAUUCCACUACAUUUCUCUUUGGCUCCAACAUUCCAUUUAGCCUGACCAGUCUAAUUUUAACAUGCGUUUGUUGGAGGUCAUUAAUGUUACUUGUACAAUGCUGUCACUGUGUGACAUCCAUAUGAAUUUCGGUGUAUAUCACAUUGCAUUCAAUCAGCUGUGAUUAUGCUUGGAAAUAUUGUAGUAACUAGAUGCAGUGUGAAAUUUUUCCAUUACCAGUAAGUCAGUGGCUUAAAUGUGAUUAUGGUCCUGCAAGGUGAUAACUUGCUAAAAUAUCUAAACUUUUUUUUGUUGUAACUGAAUCAUUUUUUAAGAAUUUGUAAAGCUGGAAAUGAUCAAAUGCUGUUUUUUUUUUCUUUUCAUUGUCAACAGUGGUGUGUCAUUUUAUGUAUGUUCCUAAUGCUUAUGGAACUCUCCCAAAAUAAA